AGUCACACCGUUAUUAUUUAAAUUAUUUAUCUUUCCUUUUCGUGGAAACUAUGGGUAAAAGGAAACGUUCGAGAUCGCGAUCUAGAAGUGAUAUACGUAGGAAAGUGAAAAAAUUGGAACGAAAACUGGAGAAAUAUAAAAAAUGUGCACCAAGGUCAUCAUCGUCGGAAACAUCGGAUAAUCCAGAAAGAGAAUGGUCAGCGGCUGAAUUCGAAAACACAGAUAAUUUCACAAAUCCAGAUGACGUUUUCACACUGGAUGAUGAGGAACCUCUGCCUGGCCCAUCUAGAUUGAGCGCCCCACCAUUGCCUCCGUCAAUGUCGCAAGCGACCACUACAACAAAAGAUACCCUUACCAUCAACAAUGAAGAACUUAUUAAUGAAGGUCAGCCGGUGGACGAACCCUCUAGUUUGGAUCCUGAAAUCCUGCAGAUUUUAGGUGAGGAUCCUUCUAAUCUCAAGGAGUAUGGCGAACAUCUUCAUAAAGACUUAGCAUCAAGAUGGUCUCAUAUAGUAACGAAUGGACUAAACAAAGAAAUCAAACAGGAACUUUUAAAAAAGUACCUUACACCGGAAAAUUGUAAAAACCUAAAAGCACCUAAACUUAACCUGGAAGUCAAAGCUGCACUAAAUGACUUUAACAUAAAGAAGGAUUCCUACAAUCAGAUGAAGCAAAAUCAGUUGUCAAGUGCACUUACCGCCAUAGGAUCAGCCUUGAAUAUGAUACUUUCAUCAAAAGAUUCAUCAAACCAGCAAUUACAACAAUUAAUUCAUCCUCUUAGUGAUGCCGCUCGUUUAAUCUGCGACUGUCAUUACAAAGAAUCUGUGUCAAGAAGAUUCGAUAUCACUAAGAUAUUAAACAAAGAAACCAAAGAUAUGGUAAAAAACAGUAAAAUUGAUGAAUACUUGUUUGGAUCAGAUCUAGCCGAUCAGUUGAAGUCUCACAAAGCUAUUGCCAAGUCGGGGUUGGAGAUGAAAGCAGGGGACGACGCGGGCAACUGCCGGCGGGACGCGUCGAAAUCCCACACCGCGGAGGCCGGCGCCGGCGCCCACGCGAGAUCGGCAGUACACGCAGAACACAUCCAACUCCGGAACGACGCCGCGGAACUACAGCUCACGCGCACGGACGACGACGCGGAGGCGCCACUAAAUAACCAGACAGUGCCACCCUCUGCACGCAGACCUUAUCCUGGUGGCAGCGAAAUUAUCAGGAAGGCGCUAGCCAACAGCGGUAUGCCUUCCUCUUCCCUAAAUAUUUUUAUGGCGUCAUUCGCUCAAAAUACUCUUAAACAGUAUGAUUCGUAUUUGAGAUCAUGGUGGUCAUUUUGUAAUAAUCACAAUUAUGACAUUUACAGGGCCAAUGUGGUUCAAGUGAUUGAAUUUUUAACCUCGAAAUUUGAAGAUGGUUGUGGUUAUAGUACAUUAAAUUCAAUAAGAUCAUCUCUAGUCAUAAUAUUGAAUAAACAAACUGUGGGUGACAGCCAUAUUAACAGAUUUCUUAAGGGAGCCUAUAAAUUGAGGCCAUGUGUCCCCAAAUACGAUGUAACGUGGGAUACCAAUAUUGUACUUAAUUACUUGGCUCAAUUUUUUCCUCAUCUUGAUUUAUCUUUGAAAGAUUUAACUCUCAAAACAGUCACCUUAUUAUCGAUUGCCUCUGCACAAAGAAUGCAGACAUUAAGUCUUAUUAAACUGCAAAAUAUUUCUACUCAAAAUGAUGAGAUCAUGAUUAGAGUUCCAGAUUUUAUAAAAACCUCCAGACCUGGAGCCUGUCAACCAUUAAUUCGUUUGCCUUUUGUUCAUGAAAACCCUUCAAUUUGCCCCGCAUUGGCUAUUCAAAAUUAUAUUGAGAAAACUUCGGGUUUGAGAAAUAAUACGUCUGAAGACAAUUUAUUCAUUAGUAUCCGUAAGCCACAUAAAAAAGUUGGGUCACAGACCUUGGCCCACUGGGUUAAGGAUGUGCUAAAAAAGAGCGGUAUAGAUAUCUCAAUAUUUGGAGCGCAUAGUACUCGCCAUGCCUCCACGUCAGCCGCGCACAAUUCGGGAGUUAACUUAGAAACCGUUCGACAGGCUGCAGGAUGGAGCAAUACAUCAAACGUUUUCCUUAAAUACUAUAAUAAACAUGUGAUAAAAGAUACAAAUAAUUCAUUUGUUAAUGCGAUAUUUCGUCAAUCAUAGAAUCAGAUACAUUUAUUGUAUUAAUUGUUUCAUAAAUUAAGAAGUAAUAAAUGUACCUUGAUCUAAAAAUUUG